AGGUCCAAACAAAAGGACGGCGGAUGGUGUUUUUCUGGGUCCAUCAUCCAACUGCUUGUAUUCUUCUUCUUUUUCUAGGGUCGUCGUAGGGAAGAGAAAGAGGUGGACCUUGUCGUUCCCAGUCGGCCAUUAUUUCCCCCUGAGAACAAAAAGAAGUGAGAGGGGGGAGAGGGAGGAGGAGAAUCGCCGACCAUCGUCAUGGUGAGGGGUAAGACGGAGAUGAAGCGGAUAGAGAACGCGACGAGCCGGCAGGUGACAUUCUCCAAGCGGAGGAACGGGCUGCUGAAGAAGGCCUUCGAGCUAUCGGUGCUGUGCGACGCCGAGGUCGGACUCAUCGUCUUCUCUCCCCGGGGGAAGCUCUACGAGUUCUCCAGUUCCAGCAUGAAAAAUACAAUUGGACGUUAUAUGGAACAUUCAAUAGAAGACACCAGCACCACAACGUUGGACCAAGAUACAGAGCAACGGAAACGUGAAGCGGCAGUCUUGGCAAAGAAGAUUGAAGCUCUUGAAGCCUCAAAACAGAAGCUCUUGGGUGAAGAACUAGAGUCAUGCUCAUCGUCAGAACUGCACGAACUAGAAGGCAAGAUAGAACAAAGCUUGCGCAGCAUCAGAGCAAGGAAGUAUCAUUUACUAAAAGAGCAGAUUGCAAAGCUCAAAGUGAAGGAGAGUUCAUUGGUGAAGGAGAAUGCAUUACUACAUGAAAAGUGCAAGCUACUGCCUCAGAUACCGUCAGCUGGUUCCAAGGAAUUUCCACCACGAAGCACACUUGGGCAACAAACUGAAGUAGAGACGGAGCUGCGCAUUGGGUGUCCAGGGAAAGGAACCCAUGGCAUGUCUUCUCAUUUGUAUACAAAUCAGUGACAUGCAUGCAUACGAUGAAUAGCCAUCUGAUGAAUAGAUUUAUCUAAUUCUUCUCAUCAGAGUGUGCAAUGUUCAAAAUAGGACUGCUGAACUGGUAUGGAUGUUGCCCUUUCAGCUACCAUAUAUGAGAACCAACAAUGAAGCAUAUUAUUGCUUUCUGAA